AUGAUCAACGAUAGCCAGUUAUAUUUAAUCGCAUUGACAUUUGGUUUUGCGUCCAUAAUAUUAAUUCUUAUUUACCAUGCGAUAUCUACAAAUCUCAAGACAUUGAAAGAAACAGAGAAGUAA